AUGCAUAUCCACUCAAACCUAUUAUUCGUGAUUCUCCUCAUAAACACAAUUCUCAAUUUGGUGUCUAUUUCGACUUUUCCGGUGUUUGAGCGCUCUAUAACAUUAAGCACCAUGACAUCUUCUGAGGGCAAGAGCUCUCCCUUUCUUUCUCUGUUUCACAGAAAAAAACGAAUAAAUGGAACUAAGACGUCAGAUGACAUCAAAUCUGUCCUAACUCCAACGAAAACUGUCCAGACAAAAACGAAUAACUCUCAAAAAUCAAAAGCUAAGAAAUUGCCUGAUUCGAAAACACUACCUGCCAGCAUUCAUCGUAAGAAGAAGGGCAGAGAAAAAUCGUUUUGGGGCACAAAGUCUCAAUCACUUGACGAUCUCAUACCUUUUGAUCCUUGCGCUCUACUAGAGGCACUGGAAACCAUAGCAGCGGAUAAACCUAUGGUAGCUCGAAGCAUUCCUAAACACGCCAAAAUCAUGAAGAAAGAAGACAAGAGCAUGAACAACUGUCUUUUUGAGAAAGAGGUUUAUGACUCCAUGCUGUGUGAUUCAUUGAGAGUUUGUGAUUUACUACAGUCACAUCUGGACGACUGUAUAGUUUCUGUCAGAACGAAAAGUCCAGAACCUGGUUUGGAUUUGUCUCAAGACUGCCGAGACUCUGGAAAAGGAAACUCCUCAGCAUCAUCUACAAUCUCACUAAGUCCAUCAACCAAGAAACGACCUAUGAAAUCGUGUGUUCGAGCAGAUGUUUGA